AUGUUCGUGGAGGGCGUGACUCUCCAGGAAGGCCUUGCUUCGGUUCGCUCGCUCCCCUCGGCCGAUCUCAACAUGACCAGCGCAAAGGCAGCGUCGGUGGACUGGACCACUGGCAAGUGCGUCAACCCCGUGCGCAACCAAGGCCAGUGUGGGUCGUGCUGGGCCUUCUCGGCCGUGAGUGCUGCUGAGUCGGCGCACUGCAUCGUGACGAGAGAGCUUCUCGACCUGUCCGAGCAGCAAGUGACGAGCUGUUCCACCAACGGUGGUAGCGUGGGCUGUAGAGGUGGUUGGCCGUUUGCUGCCAUCACGUACACCACCCAGGGAAUGUGCUUGGAAAAAGACUAUCCCUACACAUCUGGCAAGACAAGUCAAACUGGCACGUGCACGAACACGUGUACCAAAAAGAAACUCAAAAUUGGUGCUGCUUACCAAGUGGCGGGAGAAGCAGCUCUGGACACAAUUUUGAACACCCAACCGGUGUCGGUGCUGGUCGAAGCGGGCAACUCCGCGUGGAUGAACUACCGCUCCGGUGUGAUCACGCAAUGCCCGGGGUCACCUUCUGACCAUGCUGUCAUUGCCGUGGGGUACGAUGGUACGACAUACAAGAUCCGGAACUCGUGGGGCACUAGCUGGGGCGAAGCCGGCUACAUCCGCCUCAAGCGGGGCGUGAAAGGCCUUGGCAUGUGCAAUGUCGCGGAAGUGGUUUCGUUUCCUCAAAUUAGCAAACCAAACCCAAAGCCCACUGUUCAUCCAGGCUGUGCCACGUGCAGUGAGUGCUACUUCGCUUCCGCUCGGAAGUGCUUGAAUUAUGACAAGGACGACUGCGCGUACUACAACAAAAACUACGGGCUUUUCUGGUGCGGCAAAUAA